AUGGUCGACGUACCAAGAAACUUCCGUCUUCUUGAAGAGCUUGAAGAUGGACAGAAAGGGAAAAGUGACGGGAAUAUCUCAUGGGGACUUGAAGAUGAUACUGACAUGACGCUAACAAGAUGGACGGGUACCAUUAUUGGACCUCCUAGGACGCCGUACGAGUCACGGAUUUACAAUUUACGUGUUGAAUGUGGUCCAAAUUAUCCAAAAGAACCUCCUAGCGUCCGUUUCACCACGAAAAUCCAUAUGAACGGAGUCAAUCAAACGAAUGGCGUGAUCGAUAAAAGGAAUCUAAGCACUCUUCGUUCGUGGAAUGGAAGUUUUAUGAUAAACCGGCUGAAGGUGCAACCUUCUGAAUCCGUGUUUAGAUCAUGGUGGGAUUAUUUUUCGUUCUGCCAUUAUAUCGAAUGUUUCGAAAAUUUCCAAACCAUCCAUAUUAUUGUUUCUGAUGAUGUGGUGGCGAUGAGCAACAAGAUAGCCGAUGAUCGCACAAAGUUUGAAUUAUUGGUGCUCAUCGAGCGCUUUUUGGCUUCAAGCCCUUGCAAAAGAGCAGCUACUGUUCUCCGCCAUGAAAUCGAAAAGCACGGACUACUGCCGGAACGACAUGAUUAUCGCGGUUGUACUUAUCCUCGGACUUAUAAAGACGCAAUAUCACAGUUGCUUCCAUUUGCUCCCUCUCUUGUAGAGAUCGUGGAGAGGCUUGCAGUGCUAGCUGAUACAUGUGUGCCUCCAUCUGUUCGUGGCCUUCCUGUCCGUUUAGUUAACAACAAAAGGAACUCUCUCAUCAGAACUACUGCAAGUGUAUCCAGAAAGGAUUUUUCUUCGCGAUUACUGGCUCACGCACCUGUUGCCGAACAUAUUGUGAACACUGUAAGGCUCGUUAAUUGUCGUGAAUUUGGAACUAGUAUUAACAGAGCUCGAUUACCUGGUAUUGGUUCGCUCGAUCAAAUGGAGCGUCAUUAUCGCGUUUUAGGACAUUUGUCAAUGGUUUAUUGUGUUACAUUCGAUAGAACAGGCAAUUACGUGUUAACGGGUGCAGACGACAAUUUGGUGAAGUUGUGGAAUGUACACCUAGGCUUGCUUCGCUACACAUACCGUGGGCAUUCGGCUGAGGUAGCAGAUGUUACUGUAUCCCCCUGUAACCAAAUGAUUGCAUCAGGAAGCGUGGAUAAGUCGAUACGAGUAUGGUCGUUGUCAACUGGUGAAACCUUGCAAGUUUUCCACCACCACACAGCAGUAGUUGCACGAGUGAAGUUUUUGCCAUUUGUUGAUCAAACACGAAGAUACCUCGUGUCUUGCGCUCUUGACUGCAAGGUAGUAUUCUAUUCGUUUGACGAAAAUACGAAGGAGUUUGAUGAGAGCGACAUCGUGGUUUUUGACGAGAGGGAAGCUCCUGGAGCUCGAAUAAUAUCUCUGUGUCAUAGUCCGAGCGGUCAGUGGGUGGUUGUAGGCGAUACUCACUUUUACUUGCGUGUUUUUCGACUUAUGCGAGAACCAGAAGGAGGUGUUGUGAAGUUCACCGAUAUUUGUGCACAUUCUGAUCGUGUGGAUAGUCUCGAAUGGGCACAUGCAGGAUGUCAAUUCGCUUCUGGAAGUCGUGAUGGUUUGGCAAAAAUCUGGAGAUUCUCUUGCGGAAAAUGGCGGUCAACUUCUCUCAUUGUGCCGGGGUUUGAGCCCACGGAUGUACACUUCUCCGCUGUUGCCUCCAGUGAAAGACCAAAAAGCAAAUACAGGGUAACUAUGCUUUGCUGGUCUCUUGAUGACACCAUGGUUGUGACUGCAGGUUCCGAUUACAUUUUACGUGUCUGGAGCACAACAGGUGAAAUGUUAAGAAGUUUGCCCGGCCACACCGACGACUCAUUUGUGCUUAAAGCUCAUCCCGCCUUUCCAAACGUAAUUCUCAGCUGCGGCCACGAUGGCGUGAUGGUGGUCUGGGAUAUCAAGAAAGGCGAGAAGCUGAAGCGAUUUACAAACACUGUUGAACAUCGCGGACAUUCUGCGCUUUUCGAUCUUGAUAUAUCUCGUGAUGGUUGCACUGUCGCUGCUGUCGAUUCACUAGGACAUCUAACUGUUUAUGGUGUUGCCUCCAAACCGACGCGUCCGGUCCCUAAGCAACAGUUUUUUAAUACUGAUUAUUCUCCAUUGCUUAUGGAUGAUACUGGCUGGGUAUUGGAUGAAGCCACAGGCGUUGCUCCUCAUCUCCUUCCACCUCCUCUACUCACUGAUCAAGACCUCGUUCCACUGGCUGAUGAGUGGCAAAAUGCUGUUCCUGGUAGGGACCUGAUUAGAAAGGUUGGAACGUCCUUCGAGCCAUUGUCAUCACCUUGGACGAAUCGAAUGGUUGUGCCUCCUUUGUCGAUUAACGAAAGAGAUUUUUGGGCUGAGGGAGCACGAGCUGCAGCUGAUCAAGAAGAUUAUGAGUUCAAUAUAGAAUCUUCAAAGGAGCCAGAGCCGGAAAAGGAACCUAUUGAAAUUCUUGUUCCUACUGCAACCAGAAAAAAUGGCGCAAGAUGUCGUGGAAUGGUGCGAGGACCACCACUAACACGGCGUUGUGAAACAUCUUACCGUCGACAACGUCCUCCGACUUUAGACGAAGCUAUCGCUGCGCAAGAUGCUAGACGUGCAGCUGCUGAAAUGGAAAACUACCAGAGUGAUAUGGAUGAUAGUUAUAGCAAUUCCAAGAGCUCAGACUCAGAUGGUUGUAGCUCAGGGUCAGACACAAGUGAUUCUGACUUUUCCGUUGGUUCUGUUGAAUGCAGCGGUGAACACCAAGAAGAAGAGACGCAGACUGAGGCGAUGACUAUGACUUCUUCUGGUCGACGUGUCCAACGGCCACAACGAACAGAGGGGACUCAGUCAGAAGAAGGUAAACGAAGAGAGCCACGUCGUCGUGUCAGAACAGCGGCCAAUGAUGACUAUUUGACAACUGAUCCGUCGUCUACUGAGAUGGAAUUAGCCAUGGAUGGAUUUGAUCCUUCUACCCUUGAUGUAGCGUAUUUUAAAAAACCACCUCGUCGACGACAAAAGAAAGACGCUUUUCUCGACUCAUUCCCGGAAUGGAUGCGCAUGACGGAACCACGGCGAUUUCCAUACAUUGCACAACUCGGUGACCAUGUCGUGUACUUUCGUCAAGGACAUGAGUUAUAUUUGGAAAGAGUUGAAGCAUUGGACUUGUUUUCUAUCAGUACAAAGAUGCGGCCUAAGCCGUCACUUAGCGCGGAAGAAUUUGGCAUCGUAGAUGAAGUGCGGUAUGUGCGGAGACCAUAUCGCCUAACGGUAGUACGCAUAGCACAGACUGAUAGCAAUGGUCAGCGCACUGGUGUAUCUUGGACCGUCAAAUUCCAUGACCUUACCAACGUGCCUGAUUUCAUUAUAUUAAAGCAGCACUAUGAUGAGUCAGUCGCUCAAAAUGUUCAAGAAGGGGACAGAAUUGAAGCUAUACUAGAUGGACAAUGGUGGACUGGAACUGUGAACAAGAAGGAACCCGUGUCUGAAGAGUUCCCCAGUUCCUUGUGGUUCUGUCUUCGUAUUCUCUGGGAUUCCGGGGAGGAAGACGUUAUGAGUCCUUGGGAUUGUCAACCGAGAUCAGGAUCAAAGAAGUCAGGUGAUGAAGCCACCGAAACGGACCAACGUAAUUUUGCUCACGUGGAUACAGAUCAGGACUGGCCUGAGUUUAGUUUACGUGGUGCGAAUGAAGCUAAAGAGGCAUGCUGUACUCGUAUGUUCGAUGCUGUUACGAAGCUGAGCGUGCGUGACAGUGUAGCGCCUUUCGCUUAUCCUGUUAGUCUUGAAACUUUUCCUCACUAUGCCGCCAAUAUCGACUAUCCAAUCGACCUCGAUACAAUUGCUAAUCGAAUACGGAAUGGUUUUUAUAGAAGACUUACAGCGCUUCAUCAGGAUAUCCGACAAAUAGCUGUGGCAGCCGAGCAGUUCAACGAGCCAGCUAGCGGUAUCGUCCGCAAUUCUCGUGUCGUUGUUGAAGCUUUAAUUCGCUUUUCUCGUGACACCCUGCAGGAUGACAUUGUUAACCUUUACGACAGCCUAUUUGAUCUGCCACCGGAGCAGAUAGUGGAAUACUGCAAGAAACAAGUGUAUAAUCUUGCAUGGGAUGAUGACAUGCUGAAAGAUCUGGCUGAGAAUAACCACAACGAAACACCUGCGGAGCCGGGCUGGAAGACAGAUUGUCGCACGAUUUUGCGGUCAAUUACGGCGGAUCCUUGCGCGUUGCAUUUUAUUGAAGCGAAUUCUGCAGCGAAUGAGGACGUGGCGGCAGCAUUGCAUAACACCUGCGACUUGACUUCUUUGGCGGAUGCGCUUGAACGAGGUGACAUUGACCAGCCAGCCACUUUACUUCGGAAUGUUGAAAAAAUGGUGCACGCCUGCAAGACGAGUAUUGACGACAAGCGUUCGCCGAUCUAUCGAGAUAGUCUAGCGCUUGGUAGUUUGUUCGCAGAACGAAUGAAAGGCGUCAUAAGUCAGUACGAACGGAUCUGGAAGAGCCUCAUUGAUCCAAGUGGACGAAGUUUGCGGAGACGAGUUCGCAAGGAACGUGCACAGUCCAAAUAUAACACGCGGAGUCAUGAUUUGCACAACAAUUUCAACUUCGAUCCAGAAGAACCUUCUACAUCUUACUCUUGUCCAACCGGAGCUUCACCGGGAUACUACAGAGACUUGGUGAAUGGGCGAGUGCACUCGGAGAUCUUUCCCCAUCGCCGUACGACAUCCGUUUUCCAGCCUUCGUCGAAGGAUCCUGUUCAAGACAACACAUCUGGGAUAAGCGACGACAGAGGCCCAUCCAUCUCAAGCCAAGAAGCUGUCGUAAGGAUAAGGACAUCAACGAGAAAGAGACAGCUGCAGAGAGAAGAUGAAGAGGAGCUUGUCAACAGUUCGAGCUCAAGGUUUAGGAGAAGAGUACAUCAAAACGGUGAAGGGUCAGAAACGACGCACUGCUCUCCGUCAAAUAGUAGUGGACGGUGUCUCACGCGUUUCGGUAGUGUGAGCAAACGCAAGCGAAUCGAGAGCGAAAGCGAGCAAGAGAUGUCGCUUCGUUGUAGUCGCAGUUCUCGAAGAAAUAUGACAACAAUCAGUUAUGCAGAAAGCGAUGAAGAUUCAACGCCGGAUAUUCCUGAUUUGAGCUCACGCGGGCGCAUGAGAAAGCAACGUCGUUCAGUGCAAUAUUAA